AUGAAAAGAAUGAGAACGGCAGCAGACUCUGAUAGUGCUAAAUCAGAGAGUGAUGUUGAGAAUUCGUGUAACACUGACAACGAAGUGAAAACUGAUUCUGCAGAUGAUACUAGUAGUGAAGUAGGUGAUGAAUAUGAAUGGGCUCCUUUAAAAGUUGAAGAAGCCCAACAAAGUUAAUCGGAAUUCGAAGAACUAACCCAGAAUUUCACUUUAAAAGGUGUUGACGAAAACGAAGCUAAAGACAAGGCAUACUUACUUAUCCUAUCAAAACUUCGUAAAUGUUUGCAGAAAAUUUAUCUGGAACGUUUACUAUGGAUAAGACAACUAAAGAGGGAUCCAGUACACAAAAAGAUCAUGAAAACCAGGAAUGUCUUGAUGAUAAAUGAUGGAUGAUAAAUUAUAAAUUGGACCACAGGGAAGCGUUAGAGGCCGCUAUUGACAAGAGAACAUUUCUUUUGAAAAGAAUUUUAAGAAACACAUUGUCUCCUAGUGACAUUGACUCUUAAUGGUUGUUUGUAUACGAUCCUGUGUGGUAGCUUUUUUCCCCUAACCCAUCUCACUAUCCCUCUCCAAAGUCCCGGCAAACCUUCAAAAAGGCAUUUGGGGCCACAACUAUUUAAUGUUAGGAAAUCAGUUGACAUUCAUCAUUUGACAUUAUGCCUCGGAAGUGUAAGGAUUGUCCCAUCUGCGGCGAGCGAGCUUUAAAAAUAUUGGCAAGCCAUUUGGGAGACGUCCAUGAACUUUCUUCCUAAGCUAGAAAGACAACCUUACCUUAUUCGUGCUAAAAUGUUUUAGCAGAGUUGUACAGAUUAAUUGGGAACAGUAAAAUGCAGUCAAAGUGGAAUAAAAGCGGAAUAAAGAAUAUACCUAUUCGUCAACCAAAAUCCUCCAGGAAGAGAACAAAAUCGAAUACAAAACCUGCAAAGAACGUGGGCAAUACAGAGCAAGGCCAACGCAGUAAUUUAUCAACUACAAAGAGGCUAAAACUGUGUUCUCAUAUAGCAGUCCCAAGACGUACCAAAUGGAUUACGGAAGAUGAAAGCAAGAUGAUGAAAGCAGACACGACGACGAAUUGGAUAGCGAAACUUCUCAAACAACUGACGAUAUAUUAGAAGCAUAACUUUGUAAAACGUUCUGAAGAAAGAAAUGUGUUUUAAAUCUAAAUUAUUGCGCAAAUUUUUGUCCGCAAGGCCUCGCGCCCGAUUUUGAGGCAUACACCUACGUUAUAAAGUAAUCCCUGUCUAUCCAUUGGGAUACACUUAGUUAUGCAAAUUUUUGUUCGCCUAAUCCCUUAAUUACCUACAUGUCACCUAAUGACUUAGCAACACAUAACAACACAACAUUUCCAAGUUUAAAACAUGUUUAUUGAUACAAAUAACAGUUAAAAGAUAUCAAGUUCGCCUAUUAAACCGUAAGCAGAUUUGAGAAAUCUAUACUCAUGGACGCGACAAAGUGCUGAGCUCAGCGAAAAUAAUGACUGUUCGCCUGAACAUGUCCACGACCGACCGUAAUAAUAUCUAUUUAUAUCCAUUAGAAUCCUAUUGAUUAUGCAAAUUCAUAUUGCUAUAAUCCCCUUAAUUACCUAAAACUUUGUGUUUUACGCGUGGGAAUUACCUGACAACGCUACCAUCAGAAUAUUAUGUUUCUAACGCAUUUGUUUCUAGCAAUAAAAACUAUAUAUUUAAACUGACUUUACUUUGAAAAUACGCUUGUAAAACCAUAGUUUUUAUUUCGUUUAAAGGAACAUAAGUAGUGUGCUAUGUCUUUGAGAAACUUUUAUCAGAAACUAAUUCUGAAUAAAUUAAAUACAUUUUGUGAUUGAUGUCGCGUUACCUUAUUGUGUUUGGUCGCGUUACCUGUCACAUUUCGCCGAGGCUUGCCCCGCAAAGCGACGUCAUGGAUUUUGCAAACUAAUUACUUCCGCCGCCAUUGUGCUGUCUGGACAAAGUGACGUCAUUGUCGGAAUCCCUUUGAACUCCAUAGGGGGUCUAGUACUACUUACGUUUAUACUUAUGUUACUUACUUAGGUUAAACUACUUAUUUUUACAGCAGUUGUGAUAUAACUUUCCUAACUGUGUUUUUAUCAUAACCUACCCUGACAAGUGACAACUUGCACUGUGGGAGGAAACCGGAGCGCCCGGAUAAAACCAACGACUUUCGGCAGAGCGUUGACAGAAUCAUUUCACAUGAGUCCGUAGGGAGAUCGAACACACUAUCUUAGAGUGAAAGCCAGUUGCCCUGACAUUUAACGAACACUUGAGUUGAGGACUAGUAAAGUACGGUCGAAUAGAGGUUGUUGUCGAGAUUGUCGCCCUAGUGUUGAAAAACUUGCUCAUAUGGAUUUUGGAAGGACGUUUUAGAGGUUUAAGGUCGUUGUAAAGGUAUUAAUUGGUCCAAUUUGUCUAUUUACCCAUUCAUUAUAAUUAAGGCGUAACAAACUUUGCUGAAAUCUCGAAAAUUUAUUGAGAAGAAAAUAACAUGUUUUGUAUCAUUGUUUUCAGCUCCGAGAGAUAUUGUUCCAACACAAGAUCCAACUGAUGCGCCUGUGUCAAGACAGGCUCGAUCUCCAUCAGGUUGAACAGGAUUUUCAUUUUAGCCAAUCAUUUUUCAACUUGCAUUCAUAAAUGCGCAUAACGUACCGUACAGUUGAGAUACAACAGGAUUUUCGACUUUUUACUCACCUCUUACAACCAGGGUGUAAAAAGCUGGAUGGAACAAAUAUCUUCGUCUUAGGUUUACACCCAGAGCCGAAUUUGGGCUAAACACCGCCUCUGGAAUAAUUAACGGCAGUCAAAAUAAGGAUACCUAAAGCCUAAGAGAAAAUUCCAUCUUUAAGCUAUGGUAGCUUUCUCUUCAGGCAUUGCCUUAGAUAGGCGGACAGAAUUGAAAGUGUAUGUAUGUAAACCAUUUAGAUUUAGAGUGUAUGUAAACCAAGGUUACAACUAGCAUCACUUAUCUGUGCAGACUACAGGCAUAUCAGUGCUUUGCAUUCGCCAUCUAGAAAUAGAUCUGAAAUUGAAAUUUGUACACAAAUUGAAUCAGAAAAUCUUUCGUUUUUCAUGUGACUUAAAUAAUUUGUACUGAUUGCCUAAAGCUUCUGAACUUUUUUAUGCAUAAAUAUUCAAAUAAAUAGCCUGAUAACCCCGAUAGCACAAACAUUAAGACAUGUACUUAAGGCGCUUUCUAUAAUAUACCAUCUAAAUCGUUAUAGGGGUUUACCAUUUGGAUGUUACAAUUGUGAACCAUUAUGGAAAGGCUGUCAGGAUUAUAACCACCCAUUCUAAUGCAACAUAUCGGAAAUUUGUGAUUCCAGUUGGUGGUAGUUAUCGAAUAAAAUCAACAUCUGCUACAAGUGGGAAUCUAGUCAUCACAGCAAAUGAUCCAGCAAAUAAUUUUCCAAUCACAAAAGACGGAAAGAACUUAGUUUUCUAUGUAUCACCCAGUCCCAUGCCAGUCAACCGUGUCUACUAUAUUCCAUCAGGUGACUUAUGGACCACUGAUGUCGAUAAUCACUUGUUUAAGUUGUUUUGUCAAUAACAAUUCGGCAUAUACUAAAAAGCACCUAUAGAAUUUAAUAUGCUGUACAGUAUAUAUAACAAAAUUAAUUAAUUAAUUUUUAAAUUUUCUCGCGAAAGGAUUACUCUUUUACAUGAUUGUAAUGCUAACUUAGUUACAUUUCUUCUAUAUAUUAAUCCAGGACUCUAGCGACCAGGAAUAUAUGUUACCCAAAGUCCCGCACUGCGAAAAUGUGUUGUCCUCAUUUGUCCAUUUAGCACCUCAUUAAAUAUAAGAAGAGCGUAACAAACUUUGGCUACGUUUCCAAAAUUUACCAUAUUGUAUAAUGUUAUUUCCAGGCCCAAAGGAUGAUGUGUCAACACACGCUCCUGUGGUUGGUCCAACUAAUGGUGUGUUAACACAAGCUCCAACUGAUGCUACUUUGCCACCACAAGGUAUAGAACAAAUUUUUUUAUUUCAACCAAUCAUGAUCUUGUUAGAUACCAGUCUAUUCUUACUUGUAUGAACUUGAUAGAAAUACCAAUAUCUUCAGUGUUUGCAUUCGCGCAUGCGCAUAAGGUACGACGCAACUAUUGACAGACCGUAAAGAUUUGACUAUUUUCUUUUAAAUCUGGUGUAAAUAGCCGCCAUAAUAUGCCCGUAAUAGUUCUCCAAAUGACAUUUAUCUCCCAAUGAUGACAUAAUAGCCACACUGUUUAUUAACCGUGCAAUUGUUUUAGUUAAGGUGGCUUGCUACACUUUUUUAAAAAUUAAAGAUUCUCUGAUUUGGAUAUAAAUUUUUGGCGAAUAAUUAUUUGUUUUAAAACAAAGAGUAUCUGACUGGUAUAACACAAUAACUAAGAAGUUCGAAAUUUUAAAAAAACUACUCCUAACUGCCGUUGCUAUGGCAACAGUGACGUCCCAACAUGACGGAUAUUUUAUGUUUAAUGUAACUUAACUCGAAAAAAAGGUCGGUUACCCCAUUUUUUACUUCAUAAAAUAAUUUGUAUUGGAAUUUUGAAUUAUUUUCUAAUUUUAAAAAAUUCUGUAAUGCCGAAAUUUUUUAAGAUAGAAAAAUAUGAAAAUUCCUAAUAAUAUUUUUUACCAUUACAGAAUUUUUUUUAAAUCAUGAAAAGUAAUUCAAAAUACCAAAGUAAAUCAUUUUAUGAAAUAAAAAAUGGGGAUAACCGAACUUUUUUUCGAGUUAAGUUACUUCAAACAUAAAAUAUCCGCCAUGUUGUGACGUCAUUGUUGCCAUAGCAACGACAGUUCGGAGUUGUUUUUAAAAAAUUCCGAACUCCUUAGUUAUUGUGUUAUUGUUACCAGUCAGAUAAUUAUUCUCCAGAAAUUCAUAUCCAAAUCAGAAUAUCUUUUGUCCCUUUUAGUGUUGCGAGCCACCUCAAGCACGUGCGAGAAAGCAUGUAUGUUGUCCAGUACAGUAUUAUAGUCAUGUGGACAACCUGUCAUAUAUGCCGAUUAAUCAUAAUCCGUUAUAAUUGUUCAUCUUGCUUUCACUCAUUAAAUGUUAUGUUACAGUACGGUCUUGUUUAUGGGUGUGUUUUGUGCAAGGAAUUGUGGUUGGUUCAGAAGUGUUAACUGUGGUAGAAGAAAUUUAGACAUGUUGAGCAAAAUCUUGCUCAUUGUUUGAUACUGAUGUCUGAGGAUUAAGGUGCCAUGACCGACUUUGGAUGGUAUUCAUCCUUUGGACGCGCAGAUUGAAUUACCGUAAUAUGUAUUUCUCCCGUUCCAGGAGACACUUUAGUUUCAAGUGAUACUACUGUGUCAAGACGAGAUAUAACUGACGCUUUUAUGAACCGGGAUUAUGAAACUACUGGUAAUGUGUCACUACAAGCUUCAAUUAAUGCUACUGUGUCAACACAAGCUGCAACUGAUGCUGCUGUGUCAACACAAGGUCCAACUGAUGCUGCUGUGUCAACACAAGGUCCAACUGAAGCUGCUAUGUCAACACAAGCUCCAACUGAUGCUGCUAUGUCAACACAAGCUCCAACUAAUGCUGAUGUGUCAACACAAGCUCCAACUAAUGCUGAUGUGUCAACACAAGCUCCAACUGAAGCUGCUGUGUCAACACAAGCUCCUACUACUAUAACUGUACGAACAGAUAAUUCAACUGCAAGUCCAACUGAUGCUGCUGCGUCAACGCGUCCAACUGCUGCUGUAACAACUGAUGCAGGUUUAUUUCAAUUUUUAACGUUGUACUUGAUUCUGCUACAUUAAUGAUAAUGAAUAGCAAAAUGAAGAACUCUCAAACCAUGCAAGUCCAUUUAAUUAGUGAAUACAACAAGUUCAAAUUACUCAAUAUUUUUAAUAAUUUCAUUUCUAGAUGUCAAAGACGUCUGCAAAUAUGAGAAAAUUUACGUUAUUAGUAUCAUAGCAUUAGCGAUCCUUCUAGCAAUACUGCUUCUUAUCGUUGCUUGUUUGGUUUGUGGAGCAUCAAAAACAAAAGUUAAGACGAAAACUAGUGUUGAAAUGCAUGAAUCACUUGUUGAUUCAAUGCCUAACGAAGAUGAAGAGAACAACUGCAGUGGAGACGGUACGAUACGGAUAAAUCUUUAAAAAAAGUAGUAUACCCAGUUCAACACUAUGAAUAGCUUGCAUAUAGAGUUCAUACAAUAUAAUUUUAUUAUUAAAUUUCAAAACCUUGCCAUAUUUUGUAUCGUUCUUUUCAGAUCCAAGAGAUAAUGUACCAACACAUGUUUCCGCAGUUUGUUCAAGUUUUGCUGCAACAACAGAAACUACAACUGAUGCUGCUGGGUCGGCGCAAGGUUCAACUGAUGCUGUUGUUUCAAUGGAAGUUCCAACUGUUGCUGUUGUGUCAGAAGCUCGAGCUCCAACCGAUACUACUGUGUCAUCACAAGAUCCGAAUAAUGCUGCUUUGUCAACACAACCUCCACCCAAUGCUGCUGUGUCAACAAAAAGGUCAGCUGAUGCUACUGUGUCACCACAAGCUCCAGCCGAUGCUGCUGUGCCAACACCGAGUCCAACUGAUGCUUUUGUGUCAUCAGAAGCUCCAACUAAUGCAGCUGUGUCAACACAAGUUCCGACCAAUGCUGAUGUGUCAACACAAAGUCCAACUGAUUCUGCUAUGCCAUCAACAGCUCCAACUAGUAAUGCUGCAUCACCACAAGCGCCAACCAAUGCUGCUGUAUCAUCGCAAGGUCCAACUAAUGCUGCAGUGAUAACUGUCGGCGCGACAAAUGCUGCUGUCAAGAAAACCACCAUCCAAGAUGAAGGCAUGAAUGAAACUGAUCUUUGA